UUAAAGUUAGCGAACACGGUUGGUUAAGGAAGUUUUCCAACAUGCCACCAGUAAUGUCGAAUAUGUUACGACUUUACAGAAUACCAGCUCAGAAAAAGUACCUUUAUCCAUGACAUGAAGAGGUUUUAAUUCGAAAGUUUUAACCGGAAGUUGGUUUUAUUUUUUAUUUUACGUAAACUCGUGGGAUAAAAGUGAAGAGGAGGAAGAUUCUAAUCACAGUAAUAGUAGCUAUGAACCAACAUUUCAAGGAUGCCGACUUGAAUAACACAGUGGAAAAGCCUGGGCAGCAAUAUUUGGAGAGGAGGAAGCAGGUUCUACCUCCAAAGGGAACUACCACAGGAACCAGUGAUGACUUUGCACAAAGACUUGUUUUGACUGGUGGGUCCAAAGAGUUGAAAUGCUACAACAGAGCUUUGCAUGAACUGUUCAAAGCAGUCGCCAAUCAUCCUGAGCAUUGUAGUUUGCAUGGCAACAAUGAGGACCUGAGUGCAGACUCCACAGUAGUCCCACUUCAGGAGUCUCAGGUGCUGUUUACAGAAAUGGAUGUGACCUUGCCUUCCUAUCUGGAUGGUAGCUCUGGGUCCCAGGAAACUGAGAGUGACAGAGAGCUGCAGUGGGAUUUCCAGUUUCCCAACUCAUGUGACUCAUCUUCCUUUGCACUAGUCAAGAUUUACCAUGAAAUGAUGACCAUACACAAACAGCUAAAGGCAGAGCGACAAAAUCAGCAGCAGCGGGAGAGAGAAUUGCAUGAGAGAGAAAGGAGGCUAAAACGGCAAGAAGAGGCUUUGCUGAAGCUGGCUGGGAUGAAAGAGAUGGUCCACAGUCGCAUUGUGACUAUAGAGGAGAAACACCAGCAUGAACUGAGCCGGCUGCAGGACCUUCUUCGAGAGAGAAACAAAGAAAACAAGAGGCUUAAAAGCAAUUUCGAGACAAUCAAGGAGCUCAAUGAUAACAUGAAGAAGCAGUUGAAUGAGAUCGGUGAACGAAAUAAGAGGCUGGAGAGCCAAUCCAAGAGGGUGCAGGCUCGGCUUGAAAAUCUUCAGAGGAAAUAUGAGCACAAUUUAGCAACAAGAAGCUGCAACAAAGGGAGUAUUAAGAGUACCGAGUGUUUUAAGCCAUGCAACAAGGAGAAAGCAACAGCUUCUGGAAAACCCAACAACAAGGGCAGCGUAACUCCCUCUCCACUGAAGCUCAUAUCCUUUCUGCUGGAGUGGGUGCUUGAUGUAACAGAAAACAAAGUGGAAGGUGUAGGCCGGUGUUCAGAGGUUCUGCUCAGCGAAAGAUUCCUCAAGGUGCUCCCGUUAUUAGCAGACCAGCUUCAUCACACUCCUUUGUCAGAACCUAAGCUCCUCCUCAACCUGCUUCGCCUCAUUUACUCUGCUUUGAGACACUUGGACAACAGCAGGCAGCAUGUAGCACCAUCUGCUACUCUGCAAUGGAUAGGAGAGGAAGUGUCAAAGCCUGCAGAAGAUUCAGAUCACCCUAUGAAAUGCUCUGAAGCAGCUGGAAGUUGGCCCCUUUACCGAAGCCCUUGUCCUCAUACACGGAUCCUUUCUGUCCUCAUUAUCUUCAGCACCAUCACACAAGCUGAUGUGCUGUCCCAGGCACUUGAAAGUCUCUAUAUAGAACUGAUGAAUGAGGAGAAGCGAGGGCUGUUCAUCCACUAUGGAGGAGUGCAGAGGCUGCUUUCAGUGCUUCAGGGGAGUCGCACAGGGCUCAACAUGCCUAUAGACAUUCUGAUGAAACUCAGUGAGGAGUCCUGCUACUUAAAUUCCUUUCUGGAUGCAUGUAGCUGUGAAGAGUUUUUCCAAACAUCCUUCUUGCUUCUUAAAAACCCUCAUCUGGACCUCCCAUCUUUGGAGAAGUUCUCCAUCCUUCUGCAGAAGCUCUCCAACAUCAGGAAGAACCAUCAUCUGUUUGAACUUUCCUCCCUGCAUCUCCAAAUAGAAGAGCUGCAUCACAAAACCAAAAACACACACGCUUUCCUCUGCCUGAACCUUAGAUCGAUCCUCCACAACAUUAAAUAAUACAAUUCUCAUCGUGUUGGUCUGCAGAAGCUUAUUCAAGAUGACAUCCCUUCUCCUUCACUAUUUCAACACUUUCCCUGGAUUCUGUUUGGGUUUUUUUCUUCUUUUUGAAAGAUUUGCUUAAACUUCAAAAGUACAUGAAAACAGCAGCUCCACCCUGGUUUACCUCAGAUUAUAACUGGAGACAUGCUUUCUUUAUUAGUAAUACAAUGAAGUGUUUGUAUUUUAUUUGUCAUAAGCACUUUGAUUUAAAGCUGUGUAUGUUUUAAGUCUCUGACCCAUAUUUUUUGUUUUCCAAAAUGCAAAUUGUUCUUUUUUUGGAGAUCAUAAACCCAUUUUUCCAUAUAAAAGUGAGUGUCACUCUUGCCAAGAGAGGUUGUGACUGUAAAAUGGUUUAAUGGCAAUAAACAAAAAGAACUGAAGCAUAUUAAGUUUGGAUGGCACCCCCCACCCCCCCUGUGUUUUGUAUAAACUUGUCUCAUUUCUUUGUUCCAGAGCAAGUCUGAAUUGACAGAGAGUAAUAGUCUCAAUGUGAGAUGCGCUAGUGGUGGUUGAUGGAACGCACUGGAGCAAUUACAGCUGAUAUUUCAAAUAUAAUGGAGUCAUUCUUUGGUGAAUUUAAAGGUUAUACAUGCAGGUUUUUUAAUAUCCGCAAAGCAAAUCCCCAAUUAAUUACGUUUGUUAAAGUGCAGACUUCUGCUCAGGUUAGGUUUUUGGAAUGAAAGAUUUGUGUUCUUAAAUCACGUGUUUAUUGUAAGAUAUAGACUACCAUGUACUCUGUCAUUGGGUUUCUUUGUAAACCCCAAAAAACUGAUUUAAAUUUGCACAUGAUUUGAUUCACUGGUAAACAUGACUCACUUCCUGGGAGGCAACAUGUCAUUUUCAGAUAAAACUACUGAUUUAUAUUGACAUUUUCCUCUUGUUUCUCCCAGUAAAAAUCUGAGCGACUUCUGCUCCUUCUAUGUUUUUGUCGGUGCCAUCAUCUCCAAACCAUACAUCACAGCAGAGCUCAGUGGCAUCUUGUAAAUCUUCCUUUUCACUGUUGCUGCAAUCCUGUCACAAAUUACCCCUGGCACUCAUCUCCACCCACUCUACCCUGCUGCACUCUCUUCUUCACCUCAUUUGUGCACCUAUACAUUGCUUUAGUUUGAUUGUUGAAACUCAUCUACCGUCACUAUUUCUACUCCUCGCAUGUUCACCUACCCCUUCAAAUGUGUUCUGUCCUGCUUCUGCUGACUUUCAUUCCCCUUCUCUUCAGUGCAGACCUCCACCUUUUCAGACUGUCUUCCAGGAGAGACUUCCCAGAGCCCUCCUACCUGACCUCAUCUGUCAGCCUCUGCCAAUUUAAAAAAAAAAAAA